CCGCCAAACAGAUCGAUAAGCUUCUCUUCUCUUCACAUCUCUUCUCUUCACAUCUCUUCUCUUCACCGCGCGACUCCACCACCACCAUAACCACCACCACCACCUUCCUCACCGCGCGGCUCCACCACCACCAUCUGAAGGAGAGUUUCCCCACCGUCGUCUUCCCUAUCUCGGUUGACUCUGUUUCACACAGUGCCGCAAUAUAUCAAGGUUAGGUUAUAAUUGAUUCUUGUUUUGCUUGGUCUUAAAAUUCAGUUUCUCUUCAAUUAGUUGAGCAUAAUGAGUUGAUUAUGCAGAGAAUUUAGGCUAAUGUUUCAAUAUUGGAUGAAUUUACAAAUUAGGGUUUGAUAUUUGUGGUUUUUCUAGUUCAGUUACAAAAUAGAUGUUAGGUUAAAUUUUUCUAGUUCAGUUACAAAAUAGAAGUUAGUGAUAUGGGUUUUGUGUCUAAAUGAUGAAGGUCUCUUUUAUGGUGAUGGUUUAUGUAAGCUAUGUGAGUAGCUCGAUCCAAAGUAUGCAGAUGAAAUGAAGUGUUUGAACUUUUAAGUGGAGCGAAUCGAUAUGAAUCUGUUGAAAAUAUGUCUGCAUAAAAUAUACUCAUGUGUUCAUUGUAAUAUUGAUAGUUUAUUAAUGAUGUAAACUAAUCGUUGAUAUUGGAUUGUAGCUUUAUAGGCUCUAAAAUUACCAUAGCUUGAUGUAUUCACUAUAGUAUAUUGUGAUGUUUUUUGUACACGCUUAUCUACAAUAUUCUGAUGUAUGACAGUGGAGACUGUUGUUGCUGCUGCUUUGAUUUUCAAGUUCUUUUAGUUCCAUUUUUAUUAUGCUACAAUAUUGCUCUUGCUAUUGUUGAGUUCCUAUUCUGGGGUUUUGUGAGAUCGGAAACUGUCCAUAGACAGCUGCCUGUGGGGCUUUGACAGGUUCAACAAGGACUAAAAUAGGUGCAACAAUAAACUUUGUCACCUUCUACUUGGUUGCAUUGCCUGUACUAGUUGUUAUGGCAUUUUCGGUCAAGGUUGGAUUUAUCGGUCUGUGGUUUGGGCUCGCAGCAGCUCAACCAGCUGGUGUACCUGAUGCAACCAGCUGGUGUACCUGAUAUAGCCUGCUACAGUAUCUGAUAAUAACGCAGAUUGUAAACACUUCUUUAUUGCAAGUAUUAUGUUAACGGUGUGAAAAAAACUAGUCUGCCCCCCUAGAGAUUUUUUUAGUCUUUUUUUGUUUCUUGGUUAAAAAUUUAAUCAAGCCAGGUCGUCGAGCACCUGUCAAAAUUUGAAAAUGUAUGCACAGUCCGCAGCAAACCUCCGUGCCUCUUCCUUUGCCGAGGACCAGUCUCAUAUUAACUAGUUCUACUUACAAGGCUUUUGACUAUGGCUGAGUAUGAGUAGUGCCAGGUGCUUGUAGCUUAACUCUUGCAUAGUUGCAUGCAUAGGGGCUCAUUCAGUUAUCCAUCCUGUUGCAUGGAAACAAACUGUGGUUUGAUAUUUAACUUAAGAAAGGACUUUAAUAACCAAAUUAGGAGAUUCUAUAGCUAUGUUAUUUUAUGUGGAGCUUUUUCCUUUCUGUUACUUUUCAACUAAAUCUAAUAGCAUUUGCUUACUUCUAAUUUUCAAGGGAGAUGAAGCAUCAUUGCAAAAAGCGCUGCAUUUGGUGUACAACCUCAAUCAGGACUGUGUAGAUGUUCUGUUUUAUGCUUCUUGGUGCCAGUUCUCGAGGAACUUCAGACCAAGCUAUUCAACCCUGUCUUCCUUAUAUCCAUCUAUUCCUCAUUUUGCAAUAGAAGAAUCAGCCAUCAGACCAAGGUGUAAACUUGGUGAAUGUCGUAUCCUCUUAUGUGAGCCAGGUUCCAAGCACAGGUUGCAGAAAUUGCAGUUGAAUUUUCCUAGGACCGUAGCUACCAUGGAUGAUCAUCGUGAUAAUGAAAUACAGGGAAUUGAUGGAGCUAGUCAUCCUACGGGGGAAUCACAAGGUACCAACACUAGUAAAAAGACCAAAUUCCGUGGUCCGUCAAAAGGAGUUCAAGCCAAAAAGCCUAUGCAUCUUCAGUAUAAUCAAUAUGGAAUCCCCGAUGGAGAAUGGUCAGGAGAAUACGGGAAGCAAGUUGGGUCUUGUGCUGCUAGAAUUAACAUUAAUGUGAAAGAAUAUUCAACGUUAGAUGAACACACAAAGAAGGGGUUUUGGGAGGAGACCAAGCUUCUGUUCCACAUUAUUGAUGAUCCGGCUAAAAGGAGAGAAAAAUAUUUUCAUAUGUGUGUGGCGAAACGCUUUGGAGCUUUCAAGUCCAGGUUAACGCGGCGUUGGAUAACUAAGAAAGAAAAAAUGCCGAAACAUCAGACAAAUGACAUGCCUUGGGACAUCUACCAUCAAAUCACAGAGGAUGAUUGGAAAACAUUUGUGAUAGAACGAAACAAGCCGGAGAUGUUGGUUCGUAGAGAAAAAGCAAGUAAAAGUGCAUUACAAAACAAGCACCCACAUCGCACAGGCCAAAAGGGUUAUGUUAGAAAGAGACCAGAGUGGAUAAAUGAUGGGCGACUACCGCCAGAGGCAGCUUUAACCCUCUCAAGUGGCUCCUCCUCAGUGACCUCAUCACUCACCACAGCGCCAGAUAGAUUUAAGAAGUUUAGAUCAGUAGAGUGGAUCUUGGCUCAUCAAGUUAAAAACAAAGAGGGAAAGUGGUGAAGGAAAUAAUGCCCUUGGUCCAAGUAUGCAUUCUAUGUUAAGUCUAAUAAAUGCGGUUCAGUAUUAAUUAAACAAGUUAAUAAUUCAGUGAGAUCAAGUGAGCUGAAUGCCUAGCUAGAGGCCGCUUCAGUUCAAGUGGAAUUAAUGAUAUUAAUCCACAGCUUACUCUCGACUGAACCCGUAGGGUCACACAAAUAGUACGUAAACGGAUCAAGUAUUUAAUGGCAUUAAAUACUCCAUCUAUGAAUAUUCGGAACCGACGGAUCUUGGUUUCAGUGGGAGCUGAGAUCGUCACAGGCAAGAAAUGAAUACUCCGGAAACGAUGAUAUUGCCGGAAACGGAAAUAUGGAUCGUAUCGGAAAUAUGAAUAUUAUCCAAGUCGUAGAUGUUGCCGGAAACGGAAACAUGGUACGUAUCGGAAAAUAUUAUUGGAAAUGGAAAUAUUACCAGAAUCGGAAAUAUUGCCGGAAA